GGGGCCAGGGCAGUCUGCAGCUGAGCUGCAGCCCAGCGCCCUGCUGCCAGCCACCCAGUCCCAAGACCCUGGCUUGUGUUGCAGGGCACGAUGGCCACUGAGUACAUCACCUACAAGGGCAUGCUCUUCCCCCUCUUGGACUACUCCCCAGAGACCAUUAGCUACCUGCAAAGUGAGUUCCAGGUGUGGGAUGACGACGUCUUCAAUGUCACCUAUCCCAAAUCAGGCACCAACUGGAUGCUGGAGAUCCUGAGCCUGAUCCGCUGUGAUGGGGACCCCAGCUGGACACGCAGCGUGCUGAACUGGGAUCGGGCCCCCUGGAUCGAGUCCAACAACGGGCUGGAGGUGGCCCUGAAGUACCCGCCACCCCGGCUGCUCAGCUCCCACAUGCCUCUCCAGUUCUUCCCCAGGUCCUUCCAGGGCUCACGGGCCAAGGUCAUCUACACCCUGCGCAGCCCCAAGGACGUGGUCACUUCCUACUACCACUUCACCCACAUCAUGCAUGCAUUUAAGGACCACGGGCCCCUGGACGCCUUCCUGCAGGAUUUCCUGAGUGGCAAUGUGCCCUACGGCUCCUGGUUCGACCACGUGGCUGGCUGGCUGGGCCUGCGGGGCCAGGACAACUUCUUCUACAUCACCUAUGAAGAGCUGCAGCAGGACUUGCGGGGCAGCAUACAGAGGAUCUCCCACUUCCUGGGGAAGGAGCUGAGUGAGCAGCAGAUCUCCUCGGUAGUGGAAAACGCCUCCUUCCAGACCAUGCGGAGAAACAAGAUGUGCAACUUCUCGGAGGUACCGGACAAGUACAUGGACCACUCGAAGGGGCAGCUCCUGCGGAAAGGGGUCUCCGGGGACUGGAAGAACCUGCUGUCGGAGGAGCAGAGCCGCCGCAUCGAUACCGUGUACCAGGAGUGGAUGCAGGGGCUGGGCAUCACCUUCCCCUGGGACUGACAUCUCCUCUGUGUGACCCCAGCACAGGUCUGAGCCCCCGCAUAGCCCGGAGUGGAGCAGGGAACAGCAGAGGGGAGCUGGAAUGGGGGAUGGGGGAUACCUACACAAACAAGCGCGCGCACACACACACACACAUGCAUGCACAUACAAGCACACAUGUAUGCAUGCAUGCACAAACACGGACAUACAUGUACACAUGCUCAUACACGUGCAAUGCUCAAAGGACACCCCGGAAUGUGUAUAUACAUACAUGCAUACAUAUGCAUAUACAUACAUGCAUAUGCACAUGCACACAUGAACACCCAUGUACACAUGCACACAUGCACACCCACACCUACACAUUUAUAUGUGUACAC